AUGGUGGCAGCGGGUACCCCACCCGCCCCUCCCUCUGAUGUCCCAGUUACCCACGUACCACUCCCUAACCCUACGGUCGACUACACAUACAAUCUAGGUCCCAGCCCCUUACUAGCCCCAGAGCCGUUCGUCCCAGAGAGCAACAUACACGAUUGGCUCCGUGAACUGGAUCUCUUUUUAGCCUCGGUUCCUGUUAAUCAACGCACAUGUUAUCUGUUACGUUUCCUUUCCACCCCCGCCCGUAGACGUGCUUUCGACGCUGGAAUUGACCACACAACACCGUUCGACGUUGCACGUCGGACUGUUUUACAGCUUUUCCACACACCGUCCUCCACAGGAAUAGCUGCUGAACGAUUGGCCACCCUAAGACAGGCGCAUGACCAGUCGGUCGAUGACUUUGCCAACCAACUGUCCCACCUCGCCCUAUCGGCGUUCCCCAACCUCCCCCCACAAGACCGCGACACCCUUAUCUUACACCGUUUUAUUACCGACCUCAGCGAUUCGAACGCUACAGAUAUCCUUCUUCUUCAUCCCCCUCCCAGCUUAACUGCUGCGAUACAACAGUGCCGCCUGUACACGGCGUACCAUCAAGAACGUAAACCCAACCCAGUGCCUCAUACCGUUACCCCUCGCCCAGAGGCUCGUCCACCCACCCGGAAGACGCAUCUCCCCGUACGGUUCCCAAAUCAUAACCCCGGCUGUGAAUAUUGCGCAGCGUUCGGCCCCGAUGCCCGCCACUGCGGCCAUAAUCCCCCCCGUAAGUCGCCUCCCUAUGACUUUAUUUCCUUUUCUGAUACCCCUUGCACCCACACGUUUACAGUCAAUGUUUUACUCAAUGACCAUACGUUAACAGCCCUAGUUGACACUGGUGCUAAUGCCUCCCUUAUCAAUGUUCAUAGUUUAUUUCAAGAGUACCUUAGACUCAUAGAACCGUCACCGAAAAUCCGCAAUUUACGAGCCGCUAACGGGACUCGUAUUCCUGUUGCCGGUAGCAUCACCCUCCAAUUCGUCAUCAACGAUUCUACCCUGACGUAUCAUUUCUUAGUGACUCCUGUUAGCCCCUGGCCCAUCGUUCCAGGACUUGAUUUCCUUACCGAUAACGACUGCACUAUUUAUACCCGACAUAGACGCCUAGUAAAAGGCUACCCCACCUCCCCGACUAUAACACCAAUCCCGUCAGACGAUCUCGACCUCGCAUAUAACGCCGUAAUCUCAGCUGCAGCCCUAGAGCCUACCCGUUUGAGCGAUGUCCUACCUACCCUUUCAACAGUCGGCCCCGUCGCCCAUAAGCAACUAAGCGACCUACUCGCUUCGUUUCCCGACCUGUUCUCCUGGUGCACAGACAUCCUCGGCCGUACACGACUGGUACAACACACCAUCGACACGGGCGACGCCAAACCCCUCUGGCAACCCCCUCGACGUAUACCGGUGCGUUACCGUGACGAGGUCGACAAGCUUCUAGACGAGCUGUUACGGGCCAAGAUUAUCCAACCAUCCUCCUCCCCUUGGGCUUCGCCCAUUGCACUAGUUCCCAAGAAGGAUGGUUCCCUACGCCUGUGUGUUGACUACCGCCGCUUAAAUGCAGUAACAGUAAGAGAUUCCUUUCCGUUGCCGCGGCUAGACGAUACACUAGAUGCGCUAGGCCAGGCUGCCUGGUUCUCAACCCUUGAUCUCAAGUCGGGGUACUGA